UCUGUAUAUUCGAAUAUUUCAAAUGACAAAUCUCAUGCUUUUAUCUUGAAGUCCACCUUACUUUUUCCGGUCUAAAGAGAGCAGAGAAGAAAAAAAAAAUGGCGUAGAGCCUCUUUCCUACCAGAGGGUGGCGCUGCAGGUCAAAGGAAAAAAAAAAGAAGUUAGGGAAGUUACAGGUGGAGCUGACGGCUUCUAUCAACAGGCUGCUGUUCCUUAACUCAUGAAGUCGUUAACUGGGGCUUCCCUAUGAGAGGCCAUGUACCCUGUAGACCUUCCAGAUGUGGGUGACACUGACCUGACAUUAGCCUCUGAAAAGUACCUCUCUUCUCUGGAGUCAAGACCAAGUGAUAAUAACGAGUGGCUGGAAUUGUCACAAACAUUGAAGGUGAGGAUAACAGCAAAUAAUGUAAGGCGGUUGCAGCUGUUUGAAGAUGACCAACCUGACUUUGCAGUGGUGGCGCUUCACCCUCCUGAUGAUCCAGCACAAGUGGUGGCUUUAUACCUGCAUGAGAAGUGGUGGUGUGUGGAUGACCUUUCACGAACUUCCAGCAAAUCCAGAAAUGGCUUGGUGUCGGUGCGGUCGAUGAUGGAGAGGGUGAUCGUGUUCCUGCUAAGUCAGGUAGUGGAGAGGUCUCCGCAGGAGGAGGCACUGUUCUCGCUGCAUCCCCGCACGGAGAGCUGCAAACUGCUGUGGAGAGACAGCCAGGCGGUCGGCUUCUACACUAUCAAACACAAAGGCAGCCUGUGUGACAGCUGGAGCGGUCGCUGCUACCUGCUGCCUGUAUUGGACACAGUGCUGGUGAGGAGGAGCUGGAGGAGGAGAGGCUUAGGCCUUCAGAUGCUGGAGGAUUUCUGCUCCUCGUUCUCCACAGAAGAGUUUCUGGGAGUCAGCUCUCCAUUGUCACCCAGCAUGGCUGCAGUGUGCAGGAGAUUCCUGCAGCAGCAUGAGGAACAUCGGGACCGACUGUAUGAGGUGGAGGCUCCGGGGGGCUGGACUCAACGACAAAACAUCUGGCUCAAUAUCCAGCUAGGCCGCUACUCCCCCAGUAUUAAUGAGGAGAGCAGCUCGACAUUAGGAGAAACUGUGAGGAGCGAAGCAGACCAUCAUCUCUGAAGAUGCAGACUUACUUAGAAUUGCAGACUGGACCUGACCUCACUGUGAACAUUAAAGUGGUAACAGGCUCUUCUGAACAACAAGUUAAACCUUGUGAUCCAAGCCAAGGAGGAAGCUCCCGAAGCAGCUAAAAAACACCUUGAUUGGACCAGGAUGUGGCCACGCAGCCCCACCGAUCUGGACUCUGGACCUCACACCAGCCCCUAAACACAAGUUCAGAUGCUUUUAUAUUGCCGCUCAGAAACCCAAGCCCCAUCUUCCUGCACUGCCUCGAGAGAGAAGCCAGAUGCAGAGGAAACACACAGAUUCUGCCAAACAAGUGAGAGGGACACGAGUUAAACCACAGAUACACACACAGUCAUUGUCUGCAACACCAGCCCUCAAAAGGAACGGUUCAUAUGGAUUAAGUGGAUGAUAGAUUCACCUAAAACAUGGAUGGCCACUGUAUCUGUGGAAUAAAGUUUAUACACCUUUUUGAGACUAAAGUACUGCAAAUCAUACAUUAAUUAUUUGUCCCCUGUGAGGACAUUCAAAUGGAAGUCACCGUUUCCUUUUCAUUUAAAGACAAAGCAAACUAGUAGUAAGCACACAAGGGUGAUUUGAAUUAUUCUGGCUGAUCAGAUCUCGUUCUAGGAUUGGUUGGGACUGUUCAGACUAUGCUAUGUGUAGUAUAAACAGGAAAUAAUGGGGGUAAACAAGGGGACACAGCUAGCAUGGCUCUGUCCAGAGUUUUUACUGCCUCUAAUAGUUACUUUAAUGAAGCUAUGUGAGACGUUUCGAGGGGAAAUGUGUCUUUGGAGGGAAUGCUAACAACUCAUAGACAUCUAUGAUUGGGGUGUGAUAGCGAGCCCCAAACAGACACUGUUUUUAUGCAUUUCUUGGCUGAAAUAGGGGUUUUAUAGUAUUCUACCCUGACACAAAUGUAAUAUACAGUAUGUACAUGUUGAAUUUCCAUAUAUGAAAUAUAUAUAUAUGAAACCUAUGAGAAAUUUCGACAUUUCAUACAUUCUACAUAUAUGUCUGUCUCAUACAAUUAUGUAUGUUAAUGUAUGUAUGCUUAUAUUGUAGACACAUGUUACAUAAAUAUAUAUCUAUCCCAAGGCCUGUCAAUA